GGCAAUCUAAAAGGUCUGUUUGGGUUGCCUCAAAAAAAAAAAAAAAGUCUGUUUGGGGUUAAAUCUCGAUUAAAAAACUUAAUCCGAAGAUAAAGUUUUAAAAGCAAAUUAAGAUGUAAAUAUGUCUGUAUAGAUAAUAAUGCAUGACAUCUGAAACUUUUUCUUGAAAAACUAACAAAUUGGUAGAGGGUGAGCAAGCGAUGUAUCUCACUUGUUUUAUUAUGUUGUCUUUUUCAAAUGUGAAAACAAUUCCCUUUAAAAAAGAGCAGUGAAAACAAUUUGUGUAACACCUCCGACUCGUGUCGGCUUCCGAGUGGUCAGAAAAUUCUACACUAAGCCAAAUUAUUUUAGUUUAAGAUUAACAGAACCCUCGUGACUGGAGUGGAGAUCAUCACAAAUUCACAGGGAUAAUUCCGUCAUGGAAUUGAAUGUAGUUUUCUUGAUUAUGCUACUAUGUGACGCCGCCGCCUCCGCCUCUGCUACUGCCGAUUACGUUAGGCCUCCGCCACGCGCAACUCUCUCAUUUCCAUGGAGCAAGAAGCGCUCUUCCGAGCCCCAACAGGUUCACAUCUCCUUAGCCGGGGAGAAGCACAUGCGUGUUUCGUGGGUCACUAACUCUAAGCAUUCUCCUUCCAUGGUUGAGUAUGGAACAUCUUCAAAUAACUAUAGCUUCACCUCUCAAGGAGAGAGCACUAGCUAUAGUUAUUUUCUCUAUAGCUCCGGAAAGAUACACCACACGGUCAUUGGUCCGUUGGAACACAACACUCUGUAUUACUACCGGUGUGGAGGAGAAGGUCCGGAGUUUCAGCUCAAGACUCCGCCAUCCCGGUUCCCGAUCACUUUUGCUGUGGCUGGUGAUUUGGGUCAGACUGAGUGGACCAAGUCGACUCUGGAUCACAUAGACCAGUGCAAAUACGAUGUGCAUAUGCUUCCUGGAGAUCUUUCGUAUGCUGAUUACUUGCAGCACUGGUGGGACACGUUUGGGGAGCUGGUGCAGCCGCUUGCUAGUGCAAGACCGUGGAUGGUGACUCAGGGAAACCACGAAAAGGAGUACAUACCAAUGUUGGAGGAUAGUUUCAAGUCAUAUAACUCGAGAUGGAAAAUGCCCUAUCAAGAGAGUGAAUCCACUUCGAACCUGUUUUAUUCGUUUGAAGUGGCUGGAGUUCAUGUCGUCAUGCUUGGCUCCUAUACAGACUAUGACAAGUACUCUGAACAAUAUUCUUGGCUGAAGGCUGACCUUUCGAAGGUAGACAGGAAAAGGACACCGUGGCUUCUUGUGCUAUUUCACGUCCCGUGGUAUAACAGUAAUGAGGCUCAUCAAUGUGAAGGCGAUGACAUGAAGGCAGCCAUGGAACGGUUGCUUCAUGCUGCUGGUGUGGAUCUGGUGCUGGCUGGCCAUGUACAUGCCUAUGAACGUACCAGCCGUGUGUAUAAUGGUAGAUCGGAUCCUUGCGGCGCUGUCCACAUUACAAUUGGUGAUGGUGGAAACAGGGAAGGUUUAGCAAACAAGUACAUGGAUCCCCAACCGGAGUGGUCCAUUUUCCGUGAAGCAAGCUUUGGUCAUGGCGAGCUGAGGAUAGUGAACGCAAGCCAUGCGUAUUGGAGUUGGCACAGGAAUGAUGACGACGAAGCAGUGAGAUCGGAUCAAGUGUGGCUGACUUCGCUACCCGGCUCAGGCUGUCUCAGUGAGAAGAAGGGUGAUCAUGAGUUGAGGAAAAUGCUGCUGGAGCCAUAGGCCUUGCAAAUACUUUGAUGCCCAAUUCUCAUACUAGUAUGUAUAUAUAUGAAUUUUAACCUUCUAUGUGUAUCUCAUUAAAUAUCAUCUCUAUCUCUACUGAAGUAAAAUUGUGUGUUUUUUAAUCA